AUGUGUGUGGUCCUGAAAGGCUGGAGCGGGGACGCCGUUGCUCCGGCCGCCUGUUCCCUUCGGGUCCCCACACGAGCCCACGCCGGCCUCCAAGCCCACCCGAAGCCCUGCCCUUGGACACCGGAUAAGGUCCUGUGCACAGAACCCCGGGUGGAGAACAUGGACCGCGACUCGCUCCUCCUGGUCGUUGCCCUGCUGCUGGCCGUCUGCAGUUUCAACCCCACAAGAAAUUCACAACCCUCUUUGGACCAGAAGACUAUUCUUCCCUGCCUCCUGGAGUGUAAUGGUUACGAAAGUGAGAGCAAUGUGGUUACCAUACGCUUACCUGACCUUCUCGCUGGCUGUGCUUCUCCAACAGGUCCUGCAGAAACAGUCCAUUGUGACCUACAGCCUGUGGACCCUGAGAGGGGCAAGGUGACAUACACCACAAGCCAGGUCUCUGAGGGCUGCGUGGCUCAAGUCCCCAACACUACCCUUGAAGUUCGCAUCCUCUUCCUGAAGUUCCCAAGGGCACUGUCAGAGCUGGAUUUGACACUUCAGGUGUCCGAGCAAAACGGCAUCCAGCCCCGAGAAGUGCUCUUGAUCCUCUAUCCAAACAAGAAUGUCUUCCUUCAGCUGCAAGCCCCAGGAAUCCCCCUUCACCUGGUCUACAAUCCCAGCCUGGUCACACUCAAAGAGUCCCUGGGAAUCAACACUACACAGCUGCCAUCCUUCACCAAGAGUCAGCUCCUUAACUGGGCAGCUACAAAGGGUGCGAUCGUCUCUGUUGCUGAGUUGAAUGACCCCAGCUUCAUCCUCCUCCGUCUGAGCCAAGCCCUGACAUCACCGCCUUUGUGCCAGCCCAAGGAACACAUGGACAUGGGCCCCACGCUUGAGUGGCAGCCACGUACCCCGAUUCAGGGCUGUCGCUUGGAAGGCAUGGCCGGAAACAAGGAAGCUCACAUCUUGAGGAUACUGCCGGGCUCAGAGGACAGGCCACGGACAGUGACAGUUAAGGUGGAGCUGAGCUGCGCACGAGAAGAACCCGCCCCCAUCCUCAUCCUGCAGGGCCCACCCAAAGUGUCCUGGCUCAUCGACACCACCCACAACAUGCAGAUCUGGACCACUGGUGAAUACUCCUUGAAGAUCUUUCCAACGAAGAACAUUCCUGGGUCCGUGAUCUCAGACACUCCCCAAGGCCUGCUGGGAGAGGCCCGGAAGCUCAACGCCAGCGUCGUGGCAUCCUUUGUGGAGCUUCCUCUGGCCAGUGCCAUCUCACUCCAGGACCUCACCUGUGCUGAUGGACCACAGACCUCACCGCCCCCAGUCCAGACCACCCUUCCCAGAGACAGCUGCAACCAGAAGCUGCUCAUGGACCUGAUCCAGCCCACAUGCUCCAAUGACAUCAUGACUCUGGUACUCAACAAACAGCUUGCUUUGGCUAUAAAAUGCACCAUCAGUGGCCUGACCUUUCGGGACCCCAGCUGCCAGGCUGAAGACAGUGCUGACAAGUUUGUUCUGCGCAGCACCUAUUCCAAGUGUGGCACAGAAGUGACAGAAAAUGUGAUCAUCAAUGAGGUGAUCGUCAACUUCUUGUCAAGUUCAUCACAGCGGAAAGAGGUGCACUGCAUCAAGAUGGAAGGCGUCUCCUUCCAGCUGGGCCUCUACCUCAGCCGGCACUUUCUCCAGACCUCCAACACCAUCGAACUGGGCCAGCAGGGCUUUGUGCAGGUGAGCAUGACCCCGUCCAUCUCUGAGCUUACGUUCCAACUAGACAGCUGCCACCUGGACUUAGGACGUGAGGCAGACACUGUAGAACUCAUCCAGCACCAGGCAGCCAAGGGCAACUGUGUAAACCUGCUGUCCCCCAGCCCUGAUGGUGACCUACGCUUCAGCUUCCUCCUCCGUGGUUACAUGGUGCCCACACCCACAACAGGCACCCUCCGCUGCAUCAUAGGCCUGCGUCCCAGGACUUCAUCCCAGGAAGUGCAGAAGAAGGUCUCUUUGCACCUGAACAUCAUCAGCCCUGGCCUGACCGACAAAGGCCUCGUCCUGCCUGCCGUGCUGGGCAUCACCUUUGGCGCCUUCCUCAUCGGGGCUCUGCUCACUGCAGCGCUCUGGUACAUCUACUCCCACACUCGUCACCCUAGCAAGCGGGAGCCCGUGGUGGCAGUGGCUGCUCCAGCCUCCUCAGAAAGCAGCAGCACCAACCACAGCAUCGGGAGCACCCAGAGCACACCCUGCUCCACCAGCAGCAUGGCGUAG